GAGUCGAGAGAAACCCUUCUCGUCGAUGAAUAGUUGCUAAGAAUCGGAGAUUGUUUCGUUUACGCUUGCUGAGAAAGCAAUCUCCAUUCGUCCUCUGCCUUGAGCUGGGGUCGUUUCUAUGGUUCCUAAAGCAUGGGCAGAAUUAGGAGAAACCAUACAUGCGCCCAGAACCUGGGUACCUAUUUCUGCUUCUGAAAAUCGAUGGACUGAAUACAAGUAUGAAAAAUCCGCCCUCGGGCUUCUGGCGCUCCUUAGGAGUGCUCGCCGCCGUCAUGGUUCCGCUGAGAGAUCUCAGCUUGUUUUUAAUUUUUUUCUCUUCAUUUUCAUCCGGUUCUCUCACCUUUUCUUCAAUUGCCUUUCAAUCUAGUGUAAUGUUCGAUCAAAUCUUGAAAAACCCAAAUGUAUUUUUGCUUUUCUUUGUUUUUCCGUUCCCAAAUCUGGAUGGGGGUUUACAUCUGGAAGGGAAGGAGACUCUGUUCGCGAGUGACUUGGGGCUGUCUUGUGGUAUGGAUUCCGAUGGAUGAGUGGGAAAGAUCAGCGCCUUCAUUACCAAUGGUUCGAUGGUAAGGGUUUCAAUGGUGGGUUUGAUCUUUAGCACUGGAGAGUUUGUCCCAGUAGCCUCGAUGAAUCAAAAGGACCCUGCAACUGUUAAGCUGUAUGGGUUUAUCACUGGCGAGGGCCCCUUCCAAUUCCUUAUGGAUGCUCGUGCUGAACAGAGGAGUCCUUGCAGCUUCGCCGGCAAUACUAGGCAGGUGGUUCGGACUAACAGGAAUGAUGAUUUGAGCUGUCUAGCCAUCAAUUAUGAAGAUGGAAUGAAGUUUAUUCCUGUAACUAGUGAUGAAUGGUUCUAGCACUGUGCCUAGUUCAUGCUGGUAAGCAACUUAACCCAUCAAAUAAUGAUCAAAUUUUGUUUAAUCAAUCUGGAGUUGAGCUUGACAUUGUGGAUGAGCAAAUCGAUAGUUACUGUGGCAUGUUUGUAGGGCAUUUAGGUUUUGUUGUUGGUGUAGAGAAUAGAUAGAUUGAAUUUGCAUUUAAUGUUGAUGACCUAGUUACUAACUGUGUGCUCGAUUUGUUGUUGAUGAGGUCUAUUUGCCCUAUUUCUGUUAAGAAUCUACUGGAUGUGUGGUAUUUAUCUAAGAAUCCAGUUACGUUUAUGAGGGGGUAAAGCCUGUUCAUUACGCCUAUGUGAUUCCAAAGAAGAAGUUACACGUGAUGAAAAUUAGGAAGAAGAUAGGAAAAAUUGAUCAUUUAGUGGAGAUGUUAUAGUCCUUGGCAACAAAAACCAGUGUGCUGCAGGGGUUGGUGGCUGCCUCGUAACAGCCACAGGAACCCCAUGACACUUGGAAUUUUAAGGGACCCCUUGGCUCCUUUAGGGCUUCACAGAGGUGUACUUUCAGACUCAAGCUAUCCUAGUUUGUUUCUCUUUGUUUUAAUAUAGAAAAAACCUAAAAGUUGUCUUGUUAUUGUGGUGUAUUGGUGGAUGGUAUCACUUGGGAAGCUGCUAGGCUGGCUAUUCCGGGUAUGUUGCUCUUGGCAGUCUCCCCUAGGACAUGAUAUGGAGAGUCCUUCUCUUAUGGGCAUUUCAUCCACUUCAACUGUGUGCAUGAUUGUUCAUCGGAGGCUAUUUCAUUGGUGUUUUAUAUCAAGGAAGAAGAUGUCAAAGCAGAGAAGGAAAGGGCCUUAGGAUUCUUCAAGGCUGCUGAAGCCUACUUCCUCGCAAAUCAUGAAGCUAGUAAGAAGAGGGUUGAUCAAGUCCUUUUUUUUUUUGUUAAUUGGAAUUUUAUGAAGUUAUGCUUCAUAGAUAUACUGUUUUCCACAUCGGGAGAAUGCUGCCCUUCUUUGUUC